AGAACGAGGGGUUCUCGCGAGACUUCCCUCCUCCCGUGUCCAGCUCCCGGCACCUUCCCGGCCUCUGUGGGGUCUCCACCUCAGUUUUCCGUGUCGCGUUCUAGAACGGCGGUUGUCGAAGGGAGCGGAAGGAGGCGGGCUGCGGAGCUCGGCUGACGCUCCUUGGGGGAGCCGGCGGCCGGGACGCAGCGGCAGGUUCCCCCCACUGCUUGCUGCGGUAGCGACCGGGGUUUGGGAAAACCGCCGGGAGAGGGCUCUCCCGCCGCCGCGGCUUCGGCGGACGCCAGGCGCGAGGAGCCGCGGCUGUCGCUUCUUGCUCGCGGGCCGCGCUGACGGGACUGUCCGGGGAACGCCGCGGGCAGAUGGAGGCGCCUCUUCGCCCCGCCUGAGCUCAGAAGGCGCAGGAGCGGAGCGCGGGGCCCGCCUCCCGCCGCAAGUGCGGCCGCGCGAUCAACCGGAGGAGGAGCAGGGGGCGCUGGGCUUCUCCCCGCGGGAGCCCCCAGCAUGGUUGACUAUAUUGUGGAGUAUGAUUAUGAUGCUGUGCAUGAUGAUGAAUUAACUAUUCGAGUUGGUGAAAUCAUCAGGAAUGUGAAAAAACUGCAAGAGGAAGGAUGGCUAGAAGGAGAAUUAAAUGGGAGAAGAGGAAUGUUUCCUGAUAAUUUUGUUAAGGAAAUUAAGAGAGAGACAGAAUCUAAGGACGACAGUUUGCCCAUUAAACGGGAAAGACAUGGGAAUGUGGCAAGUCUUGUACAACGAAUUAGCACCUAUGGACUUCCAGCUGGAGGAAUUCAACCACAUCCACAAACCAAAAACAUGAAGAAGAAGACCAAGAAGCGUCAAUGUAAAGUUCUCUUUGAGUACAUUCCACAAAAUGAGGAUGAACUGGAGCUGAAAGUGGGGGAUAUUAUUGAUAUUAGUGAAGAGGUAGAAGAAGGCUGGUGGAGUGGAACCCUGAAUAACAAGUUGGGACUGUUUCCCUCAAAUUUUGUGAAAGAAUUAGAGGUAACAGAUGAUGGUGAAACUCAUGAAGCCCAGGAGGAUUCAGAAACUGUUUUGACUGGGACUACCUCACCUUUACCGUCUCCUGGGAAUGGGAAUGAAACUGCUCCUGGAUCAGUUACACAGCCAAAGAAAAUUCGAGGAAUUGGAUUUGGAGAUAUUUUUAAAGAAGGCUCUGUGAAACUUAGGACAAGAACAUCUGGUAGUGAACUAGAAGAGAAGAAAACAGAAAAGCCCUUAGUUAUACAGUCAGUAGGAUCCAAAGCACAGAGUGUGGACAUAACAAAAACAGACAUAGAAAGUAAAACUAAAGCAAAGGAAUAUUGUAGAACAUUAUUUGCUUAUGAAGGUACUAAUGAAGAUGAGCUCUCUUUUAAAGAGGGAGAGAUAAUCUACUUAAUAAGUAAGGAGACUGGAGAAGCUGGCUGGUGGAAGGGUGAACUUAAUGGUAAAGAAGGAGUAUUUCCAGAUAAUUUUGCUAUUCAGAUAAACGAACUGGAUAAAGACUUUCCAAAACCAAAGAAACCACCACCACCUGCUAAAGGUCCAGCUCCAAAGCCCGAGUUAAUAACUACAGACAAGAAGUAUUUUCCUGUAAAGCCAGAAGAAAAAGAUGAAAAAUCAAUACUGGAACAGAAACCUUCUAAACCAGCCGCUCCUCAAGUCCCACCAAAGAAGCCUACUCCACCCACCAAAGCCAAUAAUUUAUUGAGAUCUCCUGGAACAAUAUAUCCAAAGCGACCUGAAAAACCAGUCCCUCCGCCACCUCCUAUAGCCAAGAUUAAUGGGGAAGUUUCUACCAAUUCAUCAAAAUUUGAAACUGAGCCGGUAUCAAAACCAAAGCUAGAUUCUGAACAGUUACCACUUAGACCGAAAUCAGUAGACCUAGAUUCAUUUACAGUUAGGAGCUCUAAAGAAACAGAUCUUGUAAAUUUUGAUGACAUAGCUUCCUCAGAAAACUUGCUACAUCUCACUGCAAAUAGACCGAAGAUGCCUGGAAGAAGAUUGCCUGGCCGCUUCAAUGGUGGACAUUCUCCAACUCAAAGCCCAGAAAAAAUCUUGAAGUUACCGAAAGAAGAAGAUGGUGCCAACUUAAAGCCAUCUGAAUUUAAAAAGGAUUCAUGCUACUCUCCAAAGCCAUCACUGUACCUUUCAACACCCUCAAGUGCUAAACCAAAUACAGCUGCUUUUUUAACUCCAUUAGACAUCAAAGCUAAAGUAGAAUCAGAUGAUGGGAAAAAAAAUCCCUUGGAUGAACUUAGAGCUCAGAUUAUUGAAUUACUCUGCAUUGUAGAAGCGCUGAAAAAGGAUCAUGGGAAAGAACUGGAAAAACUACGAAAGGAUUUGGAAGAGGAGAAGGCAAUGAGAAGUAAUCUAGAGGUGGAAAUAGAGAAGCUGAAAAAAGCAGUCCUGUCUUCUUGAAAUGGCAUGGCCCUGUGUUCUUAAGGUUCCAGGGAUUCAGAAGCAACACUAUGAACUUCAACUGACUUGUUACUUAAAAAUAACAAAUGCUGUUGUCAUGAUAAAGAAAUAUGAGUAUUUGAACUAUAAUCUAUAAAAAAAGUAGGGAGAGGGUAGUUUUUUUUUAUAUAUAUUUUGUUUUGCCAAUAUGAAAAAAAAAAGAGGCCUUAUUUCUUAUGUGCUGGAAUUGCAAACUUUUUUCUUAGUUUGCUUGAAAAUACUACUGAAUCUGUAUAAAAAGGAAAGAAAGUUCACAAUAGUUUUUUUUUUUUUACUGAAACUUGUAUUAUUUUUAAAGAGAUCUAUACUAUAAAUAUGGUGAUAUCUUUACAAAUAAUCUGUAAAAUAUACUAUUUGAGAGGGACAAAUUAGCUUUAUAGUAACUAUAGCCACUACUUUUCCCAUAAUACAUAAGGGAGAUAAACUUUGUAUAUAAAUAUAUUUUUUACUUUUAGCUUCUUACCCAGGAUUACACUGUUGUGCCUGUUUGUUUGCAGUGCUGUUUAUACUGUGGGUGAUGAAAUAGGAGUUUCCUAGCUAUAAACCAGAUUAUUCACCCAAGCAUAUAGUAAUAACUAAUGAAACAAUCAAAAUAACUUUUAGAAUAUUUUAUAUUGCUUGCACUUGUAGGGUUCAUAAAAGGAAUUUAGUUAAAAUGUAUUGGAUUGUUAACUGUAUUUGGGGAAAAUAUGAGCUAUAUUUUAAAUCCAUUAGGUUAAGAAACUAAAAAUGUCAAUUUAACCCUUAACUUGUGCCUAGAAACUACAGCACAUACAAUAUGCAAACACCAGCCUUAUUGCUCUAUUUUUCUGCUUAUUUUACAGGCUCAGAUAUUACUCAUUUUGUGAUCUUGUGAUUGAGUUCUUCACGUUCCUCCCUCUGAUUUUUAAUAAUGGUAAUAUGAGGAGAAAUUCAGUGUGAGGUUUCAUACUUUGACAGAUUAUCAUUAUGUAAAUACUCAGGUUUUACAAUAUGUAAUUGACCUAAAAGACCCUAACUGGUGGAGAUGUUUCAAACUGUCAUUUAGGUACCAGAGUGUUAGUAUAUAAUAAAACAUAACAGUACAGCUUACUUAAAACCAAAUAUA